AUACUUCUGAAGAACUGUAAGAGAAACAAACAUCUGGAGGUUUAGCAACAUGCAUGAAAUACAUUAAAUAAAUAUUGCAUCACUGCCUCUUCAAGUGUGCAACCCCACCGUGAGCUGCCGUCAGGGAUCCCGCCCUGACAUUUGCAGUGAGGAUCAUGAUUUUGGAAGGAGCUGGCAGAAUGAGUAUCAAUUCCAGCAGCAACCUACUCCACCAGCAGCCUUCCUGGACAGACGGAUAUUCCACAUGCAAUGUGUCCAGCAGUUUCUAUGGAACCCAGUGGCACGAAAUACACCCGCAGUACUGGACCAAGUUUCAGGUCUGGGAGUGGUUGCAGCAUCUCCUUGAUACCAACCAACUGGAUGCCAACUGCAUACCCUUCCAAGAGUUUGAUAUCAACGGGGAACAUCUGUGCAGCAUGAGUCUGCAGGAAUUUACUCAGGCAGCUGGGACAGCAGGGCAGCUGCUCUACAGCAACCUUCAGCACCUAAAAUGGAAUGGUCAGUGUGGAAGUGACAUGUACCAAUCGCAUAAUGUCAUUGUCAAGACAGAACAAACAGAUCCAUCGUUAAUGGUGUCCUGGAAAGAAGAGAAUUACCUGUAUGACAGUGGCUAUGGUAGCACAGUAGAGCUAUUGGACAGUAAAACGUUCUGUCGUGCUCAGAUCUCCAUGACGACACCUAGUCACCAGCCUCCUGAUUCUUCAGAUGUGAAAAAAACACAAGAUCAUACCCCAAAGUCCCACACCAAGAAACACAACCCUCGAGGAACUCAUCUCUGGGAAUUUAUUCGAGAUAUUCUUCUCAAUCCUGAGAAAAACCCAGGAUUAAUCAAGUGGGAAGACCGGUCAGAAGGCGUCUUCAGAUUUUUAAAAUCCGAAGCUGUGGCUCAGCUCUGGGGGAAGAAGAAAAACAACAGCAGCAUGACUUAUGAGAAACUCAGCCGGGCUAUGAGGUAUUAUUAUAAAAGAGAAAUCCUGGAGCGUGUGGAUGGUCGCAGAUUAGUAUAUAAAUUUGGAAAGAAUGCCCGCGGCUGGAGAGAAAAUGAGAAUUAAAUAUGUCAAGAAAUAACAUUUUAAACACCAGGAUGUAAAUAUUCAAAGACUAUUUUCUUAUAUUUAUGUACCAAACUGGGGUGAAAAAACAAUUCUACUUCUGUCGGGAAGAAGGAACAUUAUCAUUAUUGGUGUUAAAAUUAUUUUAUUUGAAGUAUGUCCUGUAUGGGGAAAAAAUGUACACAGUUUUCUGUGAUAUAAGAUAACAUUAUAGAAUUAUGAUUAUUUUUCCCUUCUUGUGAAGUUUUUCUCUCUUUUUUUUUUUUUUUUUUUGUUAAAUCAUACAGGCAUAAUGUGAUUUAUGACAAUGCUGUGAGUCAUGCAAAGAAAGGGAAGGAGCAAAAUACUAGGGCAUUUAGGGAGUACGAAAAUCCACUUUGGAAGGCAACUGUAAGUGGAGGACACAGUAAAGCAUCUCUGAGCCAAGUAGUCUUGUUCCAUAAUCAGCUGGUUUAUAGCUUUCAUUGGCCAUUAUCACUUGUUCCUUCCCUCCUCCGAUUUCUGAGUGUUUUAAUACUUUGCUGGCUUCCAGUUGCUUUUGUUAAGUCAGACAGUGGGUUCCCUUUCAGCUAGCUUAUCGCAGCCACAGUGGGCAGUGGCUCUGCAAGGUGGCUGUUGAGCAUCUGUUUGAAGAACCCAUACUACCUCCACCACUGAGACCUUCUUUUGUAGGCAGAAGUUUAGGACCUGACCUUGCCUGGUACUGAGUAUCCUCCCUAACCUCCAAAGGGCAUUCAGCUCCUUCCAGGAAAAAGGGCUAUUUGUUUUUAACUGACAUCUUUGAGGUGGGCUGCAGGAAGAGAGUCAGUCUCAGGGACCAAAAGCCAUUAAAGACAAUUGUUUUCUGACUGGGCAAAGUUACCAAAAGGCACCAGUUUCUCAGCUGAAAUAAUAAUACUCCCCCCCCCCCCAGCCCCUUAUAUUCCUAAUUAAAUCAAUCAAAUCCAUGCCACAUAAAGCAGCGAGGAGGUGGUCAAACAAAACGUAUAUUAAUCCCAUGGCACAAGGGAGAAGUCUCCCCAGUUCCUUCAAGCCAUAUGGUCCUCCUGGCAGGUCAAGUCUCACUUGGAUACUUAUUUUCAAAAAACAUUUGAAAAAUGCGAAGCUCCAUUGCAUGUAAAAUAUGAGUUUUCUUUGCUUUUCUCACAUCUAACUCUUUGCAUUUGUAUUUGUGUGAUUUGCUUGGAAUUCUUAGUUGCAGAAAAACCCACCAACAUAAAGACACUGAGACUUUCAGAUCUGCGUCAGUAUUUUGGGCUCAUCUCUAGCAGUGCUAUGCGGAGACUGAACAUUCAUUGGCAGCUUUUUCUUUCUCCAAGACAUAAAUGCUUCCUGCUGGCACCAAGCACAAGCAGAACACAGGGAAAUAAAAACUAGAGGAGGCAGCACUUCACCAGGUCACUGAGUACGUGAGAUGUGGGAGCUGAGAAACAGGAUUUUCUUGGUGAUGUUAACAGAGGUGAAACCAAGAUUGAUUCCAAUUCUCUUUCAGGGAUGGGGAAUUUGGAAAGCAAUGUCAAUUAUGGGGGCUGAGAAGUCCAGGAAAAAAAAAAAAGGAAAAAAAAAAAAAAAAGAAUGUUAAAUCCAUCCAAUAUGCAUUUCCUCGGGCAUCCCCUGAAUUUGAAUCCAAAUUAGUUUGAAAUGUAGCAAGGUGCAGCUGGAGGUUGUAGGCUAUUCCAUUUUUUGUUUGUCUUAAAAGCAAAUAGAGAUGAAACCAAGAGACAGGAGAAGUAUCAAUAUAAAGGGCAUCAAAUGUGCUUAGCAACAAUUUGUAGGCAAACAUGAGAGCCUAACUUGUUAUCUACACAUGUAGGGCAUGUCAAACAAUAACGCCACCUCCUACACUGUGUAUGCCAAAGCUGUCACCAUCAAUUACCCGUACAUGACAAUUUUUAUUUUUCAUAACCUGGGUGGAGAGAGGUUUGUCUUAUUUACAAAUCAAGUAAUAAGCCUCUGUACUUCAAAGCAUUUUUUUUUUCUCUUAGUGUAUCUCUCUCUCUAUUUUUUUUUUUUUUUUGGACUGACUGUGCUAGCUUUGCUUGCUUUUGCGCAACUCACUAAUUUCCUUUUUUUUUCAGCUUGAUUGGCUACAUUCCACUCCAUUUACUGUCUUUUUGUAGUUCAUAUAACAAGAACCAGGCCACCAGAUGAAGAGUGCACCUUCACUUUGUUCCAAAACCCAUUCCUUCCCCCAGCCCUGCAGUUAUUUGCAGCCCUUUGCUCCAUGCACUUCACCCCCACACACUGCAAUCCACACCUUGGGUGAAAAACCUGAAAUCAGUGGCACCAUCACACAUCCAUUGGCACGCAGAUUUUACCCUUUCUUGCUCUGGAAGCAAAGAGAAUUAGUUGUUGGCGGUAGCGAUACUGUUGUACUUAGGUUAAUGCACAUCUUACAGCAACUGAUUAUAAUACCUUCAUAAAACUGCUUUCUACCAGAACUCUCAACAAAGUUCCUGGGAAAUAAAAUGAACUUGUGAUAUAGACAUGUCACCCCUUUUUUACUGAGCAGCAGCUAAACCUGCUUGUAAAGGCUUUGAAAAUAUAAUGCUUCGUUUAAAAGCCCACUGUAUAAAUCCAGAGAACCAUUUACGCUGGGGUGCACUAUAAAUGCCAGUCUUUCACUGUCAUAUCUUUCAGCAUGUGGAAAUCGUGCAAGUUCAUAUUCCCAUUCUGCAGAACUUUUCAGACCAGGCACUUGUCAUUCAGCAUUACAACAGCACAAAAAGUUGGAAUAGAAACCGACCAACAUUUACUCUGUUUCACAAAUAUAUUAACCAUCGCCUAAAACAAACACAAAGGACUGUUUAAAUCUACAGUUCUUGCCAAGGGCAGAUGAAAACAACCAAAGGGAAUCUUUUUACCAAGUCUAAGCAAAUGGAGAAAAUGAAGAGAUGAAUGUUUAUGUAAAUUACUAUUUAAACAAAAAGCAUUUCUGAUUGCUCUUUUAUUUUGUAUUGCAGAAGCUGAGCAAUCAUAUUUUUAGAUGUAUCCUUUAAGUUAGCAGCUGCUGAACUGGUAGCUCCAUGUGUAUAGAUUUUUAUUGUACCAUAAUUUUUCAUAUGUAUAAAGCUCUAGAUAGGAAAGUAUAUUAUAUUUAUAUAGUUACAUGCAAAUCACAAUGUCAGGGGUGUUGGCAUGAGCACCCUCAAACGAUAUUUUCUGCACAAAGUUAGAGCAACUUACUCUAAAAGCAUCCUGAGAAACUGUACAUAGGCUGGUGAACUACACAGACUUUAAUAUGUUUCGAUACAUUUUCAUCUUUCUUUCUGCAGCAAAUUGCAUAAUUUCUGCUUGCUUCUCACAGCAUCCUCAAUGUACAUGUGUGGAAAAAAACCCGCAUUAGAUAUUUCACUAUUGGCAUUGUAAAUCUCAGCUUGGAGACUAUGUAUCACAGAAUGGUUCGAAAGAUGGUUUCUAUUUUUGUGGCUAUGAUAUAAAUUCAAAUAAACAACUCGACAAAUU